GAAAAAAGCAUCAGAAUGUGUCAGAAGAUGAUUCGUGGGAACGUUCUUCUGCUCUUGUGUUUGUGGCACUCGACUGGUGUGUUUGGUGCUCAGAUGGAUCAAAUAAACACAUUAAUAUCAGUGACGGAGGGAGAUUCUGUCACUCUACACACUAACAUUACUGAACUAAAGACAGAUGAAGAUAUUGAGUGGACCUUUGGUGUUCACAGUCCAGAUGAGAUCAUAGCUACAAUCUACAAAGACAAGAUGACGUCAUCAUCUGUCGAUGAGACAUUAAAAUUAAAGAUAGAUGAUCAGACUGGAUCUCUCAUCAUAAAAAACAUCACAACUCAACACACUGGACUUUAUAAAGUAACCAUCACCAAUGCAAAGCUAGUUAACUACAUUUACAGAGUUAUCGUCUAUGCUGGUCUGUCUGUUCCUGUCAUCUCCAGAGUCUCUUCUCAAUGUUCUUCAUCAUCUUCAUCAUCAUGUUGUUGUGUGUUGUGUUCAGUGAUGAAUGUGUCACAUGAUGUGAGUGUCUCCUGGUACAAAGGAAAGAGUUUAUUGUCCAGCAUCAGUGUGUCUGAUCUCAACAUCAGACUCUCUCUACCUCUGGAGGUGGAAUAUCAGGAUACAAACACAUACAGAUGUGUGGUCAACAAUCCCAUCACAAACCUCACACAACAUCUACACAUCACUCAACUCUGUCACACUUCUUCAGGUGAGUCACAUGUAUCUGGCGUCCACAGUUGUGGUUUUACUGAAGCUGUGAUUCGAUUGGUCGUCUCUGCUCUGGUGGGCGUGGUUACUGUUGCUUUUCUGGUUUAUGACGUCAGAUCCAGAUGAGAAUCACCAUCAACCUCUAAUGAAUCAGAAUCUAAAUGAAUCUCUUGAACUUUUUUGCUCUAUUGUUAAAUAUAUUUGUCAUUUAAAGGCUCCGUGUGUUUGGAAGAUGUAUUGCAAUUUUAUUUACAUAACUAUGUGUCAAGAGGUGUAUAUUGCUGUAUGUUAUUAUUAUCUUUGAAUGUUC